GGCUCAGCUCUGCUCAUUUCGAUUCACUUCUUCGGCUGGCUUUCCUUUCCCCGUUCGGAUUAAGAGAUUCUGGCCGUUGAUCGUUGCUAUCUACGGUCAAUAUCGCUUAAUUCGUCUGAGGACGGCUGUGCUACCGGUAGACUUGCAGGAAAUCAAACGCGUAGCUCUACUUGGCAUUGCUCCAAUCCCCUCUCCUCCAGUUCUGUUUGCCGCCGUUCCGUUCCGUUCCGCUGAUAGCCAUCACUAAUUCAGGGGAAGGGGGAAAAAAGUGGAAGAAGGAGAAAGAUCAGAUAAGCUGACAAACAUCGACGACGACCGCAGACCCAGCAGCAAAUGAACCUUUCCGUGUGCUUCGCGCCUAACCCAGCAGGCUUGAUUUUGUGCCUUCCAUUUGAUGGCAUGUAUUAGGGCCACCUUUUGUGAUAAUGUAUAUGCGAUUAUGAAUGCAUCGCGAAGAGUAGGUGGAAGACGAAGAAGAGCAGCUAUGGCUAUGGCCCCCUCCUCGUCUUGCUCCUCUUCUUCGUCUCCUUCUCCCUCCUCUUUUUCCUUUUUUAAGCCUUUCCGAAUUUUCCGAAUGUGCCUGCCCUGGUCAACGCUGACCUCAAUUUUUAUUCUAGCAGGAUUAGUCCGACUUGUGAUGAUCGCAUUCGGCGAAUGGCAAGAUGCACAUCUAGUGGUGAAGUACACGGAUAUCGACUACAUAGUCUUCUCAGAUGCGUCCGCAUUCGUCGCACGUGGUAAAUCCCCUUACCUUAGGUACACUUACCGAUAUACCCCUCUUCUCGCAUACAUGUUAUUGCCGAACAUCUUCAUCCACAAGUGCAUCGGCAAAUUGCUCUUUUCGGGUUUCGAUCUCCUGGCCGGUUGGAUCCUCCACUCCAUUCUCACCUUAAGAGGGGUCCCGUCCCACCGCGCUGCUUAUCUAAUCGCCGCAUGGUUGUUUAAUCCCUUCACAUUUACGGUCGCGACUAGAGGUAACUGCGAUGCCAUGGUCAGUGUGAUGAUGCUCUGGGUGUUGCUCUGUCUAAUGCAAGGAAAACUCAUCACUGCGGCAAUCUGGUACGGCCUGGCUGUUCACGUCCGCAUUUAUCCGAUUGUCUAUGCCCUACCGUUCAUUCUUGUGCUUGACGAAGAUUACCCCUCCGUGGCCGCCAGACUGAAGAGCUGUCUGGCAAAUAUGCAUGAUCAGGAUAAGGUCAAUCAUGAUCAACAAGAAGAUGAUGCAUCAUUGAAUAAACAUCUUGAUAAGGAUCAGGUCGGAAAGCCGGCGGAUGCAAUCUCCACCACAGCAGCGACAGCAGCAGCAGCAGAGGACAAGGAUAAGCUCAGAAGGCAGGUGGAUGGAAUCUUCACCACAGUAGCGCCAGCAGCAGCAGCACCAGCAGCAGAGGAUAAGGAUAAGGAUAAGGAUAAGGAUAAGGAUAAGGAUAAGGCAGAGGAUAAGGAUAAGGAUAAGGAUCGGGCAGAGGAUAAGGAUAAGGAUAAGGAUGAGGUCGGAAUGCAGGUGGAUGGAAUCUUCAACACAGCAGCAACAGCAGGAGAGGAUAAGGUUAGAAAGGAGGUGGAGGUGGAGGGAAUUUUGACCAGAGCAGCAGAGGUUGCUGUGAGGAAGGGUGGUGAUGAUUGCUCUUUAUCGUGCGGCGGUAGCAGCAGAAAGAAGAAGAAGACGAAGACGAAGACGAAGAAGAAGAGUUUGAGCGACAACCGCGCUUCCAUGUUUCUCAGAUUUGUGAAUCGGGAAAGGUUGCAGUUUGCGCUGGUAUCAGGAGGAACCUUUCUACUUCUGACAUUUGUGUUUUUUGCCAUUUAUGGCAUGGAUUUCCUAUUUGAUGCUCUUCUUUAUCACCUAACUCGUAGCGAUCCUCGACACAACUUUUCCAUCCACUUUUACCAGUCGUAUCUUCGCUUCGAUCUCGCUCCAUCUGUGGCGAACAGAUUGCUUGCAUUCGUUCCUCAGUUGCUUGUCCUGCUCGUUCUUGGAGCAGUUUUCGCAAAAGAUUUGCCUUUUUGCAUAUUCCUACAAACGCUCGCCUUUGUGGCCUUCAACAAGGUCUGCACUGCCCAGUACUUUGUCUGGUACUUCUGUCUCCUUCCCCUGAUCUUGCCGUCGACGACGAUGCGACUUCGCUGGCAGGGUGUCCUUCUUGCAGCUAUCUGGUGUUGUGCCCAGGUCCAUUGGCUGGGAUGGGCUUUCCUGCUAGAAUUCAAGGGUAUCAACGUCUUCGUACCACUGUGGAUCGCUGGCGUUAUCUUCUUCGCAGCCAAUGUCUGGGUUAUGCUCCAGCUGAUUCGUCACCACAGGUUUUGUGCGUUGUUCCAAGGGGGCGCGAUUCGUCAACUCGACAAAGAGGAGGAGACGGAAAUGCACAGUAAGGUUCUCUGACGGAAAAUGUUUAAAAUAAUAAAAUUGCAUUUUGGUU